AUGUCCCAUGCCGCGCCAGGUUUAAGAGAGCACCUCAUCGCCGCCGGUGCUGGCCAGCCGCACCCACCGCCCCAGCAGAUCACUCCAGGUCCCACGACGCAUGCCCCCGACCACACCCAACAUCAAGGACUCGACCCUUCUAUCACGGCUGCUGGAUACCCAAUGAGUGCCGGCGACGCGGCCGAUGGCCACAUGAGCGAGGGCGGCCGUAAAGGCCGUCGCGAGCUCUCGACGUCGAAGCGCGCCGCCCAGAACCGCGCUGCUCAGAGAGCUUUCCGCCAGCGCAAAGAGGAGUACAUCAAGUCGCUCAAGGACCAGGUUAAAGACUACGAACAAAUGGCGGAGCAGUUCCGCGCCAUCCAGGCUGAGAACAACACGCUGCGCGACUAUGUCAUCAGCCUGCAGGCCCGCCUUAUCGAGUCGCAGGGCAGCUACCCGGAGCCCCCAGGAAACAUCGAUCUAUCGCGCCCGCACACGGAGAUCCCCCCGCCCGUUCAGGCCAUGCAGUCGCCGCAACCCCCGCAGAGCUCUGGUGCAUCCCAGCAUUCGCAGCAACAACAAUCCCAGCAACAGCAUCAACAACAUCAGCAGCCACACCAGCAUCAGCAGCAGCCCGCACCGACUGCGCCCAUGUCGGCUUCGGCUGCCCAGCAACUCCAGCAAGCGGCGGCUCAGGCGGCAGCUGCUCAGGCGUCAACCGAACAGCUCAACAAUGGCGCCAAGCACUCGCACGAGGAGGCUCAGUAUCUGCCUGCGUCCAACGACUACCCACCGCAAAAGCGGAUGAAGAGCGAGGACACUGCGGCCAAUUCAGGUAGGCAAAGUUUUUUCUGA